AGUGAGAGGCCGCUGCGCGUUGCUGUUCCUUCGUAAGGUGUGCACCUCAUUCGAUGUGGUUCCGUGUUUGUUACUGGGUUGCAUAUUGAUGCUGAGAGAGUAAAGCCCAUUCUUCAAAAUAAGUGCAGUGAGUGAAUGCGAAGUAAGCAAACGAAAAUUGCCACCUCGAGGCUGCUGCUCGUUGCAUAGUGUUUAGCCGUGUGCCCUUUCUAACUGCCCGUUUCGACGCGUCUAGGUAUACCCCGUGUUGUUUAACGGCCUUUAAAUCGUUAACGGCCCCAGUGUCUCAAAACGUGCCGUUGCAUAACUCAAGCUUGCCCUACCUAGCUCAGCCGAACGGCUCUUUCAAAGGGUUCGUCACUUGGCCGAGCAUCGAAAUCGUUCGAUCGAGAAUUGGAAGUGUGCGCGCCGACAUAGUCGCGCUUGUGGAGUUGUUGUUAUGGUGGUGUAGGUGCCGCGUGUCGUAUCCAAGUGUACCGGUGCUCUGCCAGUGUCGUGCAUUCGAUUGUGCCCAAAUCCCAAAUUUUGCAACGAAACAGCUCCCAGACUGGUGAUCUACCUAAGUGGCGUAGUGGUUGAAAAUACCACCCCGAACGUCGUGAUGAUGAAGCUGAAGUUGUUGUACGCGCUAGCCUGCAUAGUGCUGACCGUGGCCAGCUGUGAAGCGAAAGCCACCCACAAGGUAACAUGUGCGGACGAAACGAUGCGCGUCGAUGUAGCACUGCCGGCAAACAAUGUGUCCGUCGACUCCGUGUACCUGGACGGCAUGAAGGGUUAUCCCGAUCCGAAAUGCAAACCGACCAUACGGGAAAACCUGGCAGUUUUUGAGCUUUCCCUGACGAACAUCUACGACUGUGGCGUAACGCGUGUGAUCAAUCAAAUUACGGGGAAGAAAGUAUUCUACCAUCGUAUCAUCGUCGAAGCCGGUCCGGAGACUGGAAAGGAGAUCGUGAGCGUGAAAUGCAUCACCACCGGGCCAAGUUACAAUGUUACGCAUGGGAUUGUAAAGCGGGAUGUCCUGCCGGCUGGCUUCCAGGAACCUGAGGAUCUCGAAAUAACGACCUCCAUUACGGAGAAUGCCCCAGAACCGUCGCUCGGCAUUGCCAUCCGUCAGGGAGACAAGCUGGUAUCGGGCGACCUCAACGUUAGCCCCGGGGCUCACCUUCAGAUGGAAAUUUUCCUCGACAACCGUUCCGCACCGAUUUACGGGCUGGGCGUAAACUACAUGCUCGUCACCGACACCAAAUACCAGGAGGAAACGAUCAUUUUCAACGGCUGUUCGGUUGAUCCUUAUCUGUUCGAAAACUUCAACACCGUCGACGGUGACCUGCUGGCGGCAAAGUUCCGGGCCUUCAAGUUCCCCGAAUCGACGUACGUGCAGUUCCGCGGCACGGUAAACGUUUGCGUCGAUCGGUGCAAGGGUGUGAUCUGCAGCAACGGUCAGACCGCUUUCGGGCGCCGCAAACGUGAGAUCAGCGUGGCACCGGCCGACCCGAACAAGGUGUACGAAGUCACAAUGACCACCUUCAUCAAGGUGAACUACGAUGAAAAUGCGGAUCAAAACACCGUGUCGGAGAUUGAUCAGAAAAUUCGCCAGCUGAAGCUCACCAACCAGAAGCUGGCCCGUAACAGCCGCGCAGGGAAUGUGUUCGAGAGCAUUCACCACGUGCCAGCACGGACGCCGGAUGUGAUGGAACCGGCAACCACCAUUCCUUCACUCGACAACGAAAGCGCCAAGGUCGAGGAAACGAUCGUGUUUCGGGAGGUGAUUACGCGACAGGAAGAGGACACCUUCGAGGACGUCAACAGUGGGUCACGGCGGAAGGAUUGGCCGUGCCAGCUCUCCGUACUAUUCGUACUCUGCUCGAUCGUUCUGGAGAUCGUUCGCCAUUGAAAGUUCUCGAUUUCUCACGCGGUGAGCAUGAUCUCACUCGCACACACCGGAACCAAACUGCAAUCGAUUCCGGCCAUGCUCGGCGGGCUGAAGUGGAAGUGUUCGGGUAAAUUCCCUUCCAUUACUUCCACUUUGGUCGUCGCCGACCGUGGACGAACAUUGCACUGGAGGCAAGAUAUCACAUGAUUGGAAGUAAAGUGAUAUAUUGUAUACCGGAGAACUUGUUUUAGGAUCUGCGUACAAGUUGUAAAUAUCUGAUACAGCGACAAACAAUCAAAAAAAUGAAUGGAGGAUGAAACCUUCGUGCAGAAUUGGAAUGUUCCAGGUUUUUUUAGAAGCGGUUUUUCUGGAUGUAAUUUUAAACGAAUCGAACAAACUCACUUUUGCUAACACCGCAAGAUUGAACGAUGAACAAAUUAGUUACUAAUAAGAACGGCUUGAUAAUACUAAUUGCUGCACGCGAAAGGAAGGCUAAGCAAAAUGUUACACAAAUUUUUAAUGUGCUCAACAAGAGAACAAUUCAUUUUACAAUGAUGUUAGGGAGAUCGAUGCGAACAAGGGCAAACGUAGACUCAAUGCGAAUCGCGACACGAUAGUGGACGGACAAUAAAACAGUACAGAGUAAGGGAACGGAAUUCAGAAUUCAGGAAGAACUUAAAAAUCCUCCCGAGGAUCAUCGACACGAGAUCAUCGGCAAGGUUGCGCUAAUGCAUACGCAGCUCUAGCCGCAGUAAGAUAAGAUUAUGCUAGUCUAAUUACUGUUUAAUUGCGCGUAAAGAACUGACAGGGUUGAGCAGAGUGGAAACAAGCAAAGUCCAGAACUGGGUCGUAUUCGGAUGUUUCAUAAAAGCCGUCCGCGAUGGCUACGCUUACACUAACGGAGAGACAAAGAAACGCUGUUAGUAAAAUUUAACAAAACCUAGCUUAGGGACAGAAUGUAAAACGGAAUCUCCGAAAGCUUUCCAUCGCACAGCGCCAGUGAAACAAAACGGACAGAAAUUGAAACAAUAAUAAUAAGAUUAACCGAUGAACGAAAUCGACAGUGGCUUCUGUGACCGUCCAUCUAACGCCAGCAGCAAUAAUUGUGAAACAUUGUGCGAAAUUAAGUGACACUAGGAAAUAAA